AUUCAGGAAUUCGAGAAGAAACUCCUAUAAUUUAUACAAUGCAGUAGUGAAUGGAUCACUAUGGCACAGAAUUUACAAAAGAAGCCGUCGAAAGGUAUCCUGAAGACAUCGAGAAGUGUGGACACCCAAGAUGGGACGCCUUCAUCAAGCAAACGUGCUAAAGAACAGCGCUUCGAUGAGAUUAAUAUUAUGGAGACAUUUCACCCAGCGAAUAAGGACUACGGACAUAUGAAGAUCGAUGAACCGAAGACGCCAUACUCGGAACCGGUGGAAGGCGAUACAGAGGCGUCAGAUGAGCUGGAUGCAAACGUCCUAGCAGCAAAAUUGGCCGCCAGUAUGAACCAGCCUCCCAAAUGUAUGGAUAUAUGCGAGCAUGACGACGACGAAGACGAAGAGACGCGCCAGAAGAGGCUGGAGUUCGAGAAGAAGAGGAAAAUGCACUACAAUGAGUUUCAGGCACUGCAGCUGGCAAGGCAGCUGAUGGCCCAAGAAGAGGACGAAGAUGACGACGAAGAAGAUGCCAAGAAGACGUCCAAAUGACUGAUGUCGCUCUCUAUAUAGACUGCUCCUCGCUGACCACAAUGGGACACGUGUCGACUUACCCAAACUUUCGGAAAUAAAAAAAAAAAUUAAAGAAAAAAUCUUUGCAAUUUUCAAGAUUCUGGCAUGUAAUAUUUUAAUACCAUUUUUAUUCACUAUAGUAUUAGAUUAGUAACCGCAGUUACUUAUCAUAUUAUUUUUGUGGCAGAGUUAAAAUAGCUUUUAUGCGCCCUAAUUCUAAUAGUAAAUAUUGAAAUAUGUUGACAAAAUUUUAAAGCAAUUUUUGAUAAUGGGUAAUACACACAGAAUGUAAGUCCUUUAAACUUAAUGUGUCUUGUAAGUCUAUAUAUAUAAUGAGAGUAUUAUCAUCAGCAAAGCGAAACUUAGACAGGAUUAAUGGAACAUUUAUACUGCUUGGGGGAAACUUUCACCAUGAAUGUGCUGCAUCAUAUCAUGGAAAUGUAGGCCAUCGACACACUCAUAUCUAUGUGCUAUAGUAUACGUAUAUACGGGCAAAGAAAUACUCGUACAGACGGCAGCAUAUUAAGCUACACAUUGACGGAUGUUAUUCCGUUACUCUGGAAGAGAUAUUCAAACAAAAGUGUAUAGUUUGAUGUGUUGUUGACUGUACAUAGAUAUGAUAUCGCAUCCUCAAUAAUGAAGUGGCAUAAUUCGAAAAGUAAUUUUUGGGAACGUAUGUGGCGAAGGCGAAUAAUUGAAUUAUGAUAACAACGUUCGUAUGAGCUAGGGAUCUCGUAUACCAGAACGUUUAAUCGAAAUAAAAAUAUAAUUGAAGUAAUUCUUUUUCAAAUUAAACUUUCUGAUGUAUGUGGCCAGUGGCAGUGGUUCAUACGAACAUUGUUAUAUAUUCCUAUGAACCACUUGUUAUAUUCAUCCUUUUUAUCGUUCCUCUAAAUAUGUCCAGAAGUGUAUUAGUUUCAUUUCCUACUUUUUUUUGCCGAUUUCCCAAAAAUUUGACUUUUAGAAUGACAUCACCUAAUUAUACAGGGUGCUAUAUCGACUCAUCCGUAGAACAAAGAUCUAUGUGCAAGACUACUUGUUCUCAGGACCACAGUACAUUUCGUUCGUUCUUCGUCGCUGUGGAUGUCAGAUUGACUAUUGUUCGAUUUUAU